AUGAGACAGAAAAUUGACACCACUGGAUUGGGAUAUUCAUCAUUUGAGAAAGGUGAAUCUUCUAAAACAAAGGAUACUUCACCAAAAGACAAAUUGGUAUCUGAAAGCAUGAAAUCAGAAGAAAAUGAGUAUGAGAAUGAGGCACAGCCCAGUGAUGAGAAGGAGAAAAAGAAGAAAGAUGAUCAAGCAGUUUCAGUGUUAACCAAUACAAGGGUAACAAGGAGCACUCAAUCCAAGAAGGAACUGGAACCAAAAGUGUAUGCAAAGAAGCCGACUGCCACCAAGAAGAGAGGAAAACAUCUUAUCUUACCAGAAGAACCUGAGGAAACAGAGUCCAAGGAAAAUAAGAAUUUGCUGAAGGAAACUGGUAGGAAAUCUAAACCAGUAGGGGAAAUCCCUAAACAAAAUAUUCCUAUUGAUAUUGCAUCUUUCAAGCCUAUGAGUCAUUUUGAGAGGACUAUGAAAAUUUUAAAAAGAAAGCAAUUAGAUGAUAUAAAGGAUUAUUUUGAUUCUUUUGAUGAUAUUCAAAAACAAGAAGUGGUACAAGAGUUGAUCAUAGAUCAAGAUCAAGAGAUUAUAGACAAAAAUUUUGUUCAAUACUUUCCUGAAUUGUCUCUUGAAGAGUUAUUAGAAAUGCUUUCUAAACACAAGGGACAAUUUCAUACAAGAGCAAGGAGACUUAGCCUAUUUGAAGGAAAAAUUCAGGUAGUAGAAGAUGAUACUCAUCAAACUGCCAAAGAUAUUCUGAGAAUGAAUGAACAAUUAAAGAAUUGUCACAAUAAACUUGGUCAGACUAAAACCGGAGCUCCACUGGAGCUGGAAACUGAAGAAAUUCUUUUACCAAAUGAAAUCUACACUAACAAGGAUAAAAAUGACACUAAAUCACCACCAAUCAUAUUCUUUGUUGAUGAUACUAAAGAUAAUCAGGGUAUUAUUAAUACAAUUGGUACCAAUAAUGAGCCGGAUAAGGAAAAAGAACAGGAACCGAGAAAGGGAACAGAGGAAGUAAAGGAAGUGGAAAAAGAGAAAGACCAAGAAAAGGAUAAGGAACUAGUAAAGACAUCUAAAGAACAGGGAAAUCAAGAGACAAAUAACGGACAUAAAACCAGUAAUGAGGAUCAAAAGCAAGAUGCAAUUGAACCUAGUUCACCUAAAAACAUUGUCAUACCUGAUGAUGCAGAUGAGCUGAUGAAGUUGUUAUUGGAAAUUCAGGCUAAAGCAAAGAAAAUGAAAAUCAAGAAGGAGGAGGUUCUCCAGACCACAAUAGAUGUAUUGUCAAAUCUCCUACCGGAUGUUGACAUUUCAGGUAUUUCAAACCCAAUAAAGCAACUUGAUAUUCUAUGUACAUCUAUUACUGAUCAAGUCAACACUUUGGAGGAAACAACACAGGUGAAUGUUGAGAAAGAAUAUAGGAAGAAGAAAUCAGCAGAGUUGAUCAAGUGUAUUGACACCGACCGGGCGAGUCUUGUACAUAACAAAGAUGAAAUCUCUAUUGCCAUGACUGGAGGCCACAAGAUUUUGAGCAAAGCACUGCAAAGGAGCUUUAUGCAUACUGAUGCAAUACUACCCACACCGGAGAUGGGCACUCUGGACAUAAUGGAGGAACUGGCGUUUCAGUUAAGGACUCAACUGGAGAUUACUGCCACGUUAUUGGAGACAUGA